AGUCCGUGCGUCCGUUUCGUCCAGAAGCCAUGUCUUCCAAUAGCCUAUCAGUGACGGCUUGUCAGUGGGAGUAAAACGUUUCGUGCCUUCCGCUUCGGACCCUACCGACCUCAUGUGAUUUCCAAACUUCACGACAGGGCUACGUUCUAACUUUCGUCGAGUUAUCGAUGAUGAAGGAACGUCAGAGAGAACCUCGUGAGAUUCAUUAUGAACUAGUGCCCCGCCGGGAGCGCCAGAACGUAUCAGCUUGCAAAUUGCUCUUUGCAAGCAUCGUUGGAAUAGUUAUUAUAGCUCUGAUCGCCUUUCUGUUGCUACUCCUCUUCUCAAUAUACAUCCGACCCACGCCGCCUCCGAGCUAUAUACCCGGGAAGGACAUAAAUCCGAUUGGCAUUAGGCCCCCGACUCGGAGACCAGUGCCGAGAGGCAAGAAGAGCCUACAGCUGUUCGUGGUCUACCAUCAGGAUAAUCUCGAAAGAGCAAGAGAUGUCGAAGCCUACCUCAACAACUCGUUGGGGAGCGUAUUCGGCAAGAACUUCGACUUUUCCAUCGGCAAACUGUCGUCUCCGAAUUUGAACCAAGCGAACUUGCAAAUCACAGUCCCUGAAAGAACAUUGCUCAGGUCUGGGUCCCUCGUGGUUUUCGUUUCGGAACUCAUGGCACCCGGUGCGGCUCAGAUCGAGGAGAUGAUCAAAGGUGAUCACAGGACGUGCACGAAACUUGACGUUGCUCGAUGCGUUGAAAUUUGUUCGGUCACGACGGGAAGCACCACACCAUCGUUCUUGUCACCAGCGAAUAUAACAUUCGAUGGUGUCUCGAUUGAUAUUCCCAAUCUAGUCGACGUGGUCCAGGAUUCGGUGAUUUACCGGCAGUUGUCGGCUGACCGCUUCAGCUUGGCUCGACGAUCGAGAGGUUGCGUCGUCUACGCGUAAGAGAUGCCGGCGUCCUCAAUACGAAUCGCCAAUCAAGGACAACGGGGAUUCUCGAGAAGAAAGGCGCGAGUCGCAUGUUGAGUCGAAAUUCUGUACAUAAGCCGCGCAUCCAGGGUCCUCGGGGGAGGAGCUCCAGAUCAGUGAGGGCCAUAGCACAAUUUUGUUACCGGAUGACCAGAGGGACUGAUGAAUAAAAUCAAUACUUUCCA